AUGGAGGUGAAGGAAAAUGGAGAAGUGGCGGAAGGGGAUAGUGGAAAACUUCCAGAAUCACCAAAUGAUAAAUUUGAAAUUAUCAGGGAAGAUUUUUACACAUUUAAAGACCCAGAGGACUAUUUAAAGCUAAUAAAAAGUUAUAAAUUAUCUGAUGGAAGUUAUCAAAUAGUUACCUUAUCAAAUUCAAAUCGCUAUGUUAGAUAUAACCUAACAGAAGAAGAUCUGACGAUUGAAUCAGUUCUCCAAGAGACUUAUGGAACCUACGAGUUUGAUCUUAUUAGCCCAGAUUGUAUCCUUAUCAGUGCUAAGGAUAAGCCUCCUUAUAUUAAAAAUUGGAAUGACGGAACUUUCAGUAGUUUCAGAUGCAGAAAUCAUCUUGAAGAAUAUAUUUCCCCAGUCAGUGUCAAAUAUUCCAAUAAUAAAGCAUAUUUUGGGUUUAAAAAUCAAGCUCAAGUGUUUGACAUCACAAGGAUGGACAAAGAGAAGAUUAUCCCACUGAAAAAGAAGAUGGUCUUAGCUAUUGGAGUUCAUGAAGAUAAGGACCUCUUAGCUCUUGGAUAUCAACUUCAUGAUCUUAGGACUCAUAAAUCCUUUGGAGCUAUUCCUUGUACAACAGGCAGUGGAUGUACUCAAGUUGAGUUUGAUGACUGUUAUGCUCUUACUGCUGCAAGAAAUGAUAAUUGGGUUUAUCUAUGGGAUCUCCGGAAUGAUUCCCAACCUGUUGAAAAUUACUACAGGGAUGCCCAAACCUGCCAAAGAAUGUACUUCUCAUUCGAUCAAUCAACUAAAAGGCUUCUCGUUGGCUCUAAAAAUGGUUCUGUAACGCUUUAUGAUAUUCAUGGAAGGAAAGUAGACUCUCAUUUCCCAAUAAUGUUUGAUUGAGUUUCAUGCUGAGACAUCAUAGAUAACCAAUAUCUUCAGGUAUCCUCUACUAAAGAUGAAAAUCCUGUCUCAAAAUACCUCUGAAUAGCUGGAUCUGGUCAAAGGCAUUACAAAAGUUUUGAAGCAUCUGAAAGCGACAGUGAAAUUGAGGAAGAAAACCCAGCUUCUGAGUAUAGAAAUGCUAUAAGGAUUUUCUCUUUUUAGGUGACCAUGCUUUCAUGUAAACUCGCUCUAAAAUCAUUGAACUGCACACAAUAUUU